AUGAAUCUUGCACAGUUUAUUCAGAAGAUUGAAGAUCACGAGUUGGAAUCUAGAAAAGUUGCUGAAGAAAAGGCACAAAUGGAAAACUCGUCAGAAAAAGUUGAAACUGAAGAACAGAUGAAUGAGAAAGUGAUAGAGAAAGUUGUCGAAGUAGAGAAGAUUGUAGAAAUAGAAAAAAUUGUUGAAGUCGAGAAACCUGUUGAGGUUGAAAAGAUUAUUGAGGAAAUCCAAGGUAUCAAUGGGGAAUCAACUGAUGAAUUGAUCAAAAGAUAUAUCGAGUUGUAUUGGGAGAUGGAACGAUUGAAGAUAACCAAGACUAAUGAGGAAUGGGUUAACAAGUUAGCAAAUGUUUUACCGGGUAAUGGGUGGAGAACGUAUUUGUCAGAUUUGAGGAAGAUAUAUUUAGACGUGAAUUUGAGCUUGUUUAUCGAGAAGAUUGAUGAACUAGAACUUGAACUCCGAAAGAAUAAAGCAGCAACUGAUAAAGUAGAAUUCAAAUCUGAGGAAAAUGUUCGAGAGGAAGAGAAGCAGGCGGUUACUCCACCACCAUUGACAGUUGAGGAACCACCUCAACAACCACCACAACCGCCUCCUGAGCCACCAAGGCGAAUGAGGAAUGCACGGAUGUCCGUGCGAGGGGGACAGAGAUUCAGUUCCCCACAAGCUUCAGGCACUUACCCUCCAAUCCCCGAAGAUCCACAGAUGGGUGGACCUUCUCACGCGGUGCCGGAAAAUGAUCCCCUGCGGGCUACCUUUGCACCACCGCCACUGCCAAUGGGUUAUGAAAACCUAAUACCUACUUACCCAGGUUCGUCUGGGUAUAACUCGUUUGAAUAUCAAGCUCCUACGGGUUAUGAAUAUCAAGCCCCUGCCAAGGAUCCAUAUCUUGUGGCAGCUCAAUUUAACGCCCUUUAUCCCUCACCGUUUCCUCCAGUAUACCCAACAGGGUAUCUAGUGUAUGGGUAUCAAUACCCUCCUUAUAAGCAUGAACCUCAACCCCCACCUCAACAUUCUCAAACCCAAGAAAUUCUACAAAGGUUGGAUGUGAUUCAGCAAAAAGCGGAGGAACGAGAAAGAAAGACCCAUAAAUUCCUAAAGGGUCUUGCGAACUUCAUAAAGGGAAAGAAGAAGUAG